UGUGUGCGUGUGUGUGUGAGAGAGAGAGAGAGAGAGAGAGAGAGUGGACUGAAGCGUCAUUCUCCUCCUUUCUUCCUCUCAGUGAACGCGCAUCACUUGAAGAGAAACACGGCGCUCGAGACCCAGAAGAAGUUUCUCCCGUUUUGUCGGCUCGGCUCGGUUCUCUCCGUGAUUCUCUCCGGUUUAUCCUCACCGUCACUUUAUCUUCUCACUCUGACCGGAGGAUUCAGCCGGUGGUUAGUGCUGAGCUGCUAACACUGGGGCGUAUAGCUGGAGAGGAUCUUGCUAGCACUGACUGACUGACCAGAUCUCGCUGUCUCCAGAAAGCCUGUAGACCUGUGGCUAUCCUGUGAGAUUUAAGUCAGCUCCGCUUUGCAGAGACGGACCACUACCACUCGAGGGGAGAUGAAGCCGGAUGGGGUCGCCACGGCAGCGCUGGAGCCAAUGGAAACAUUGGAAUCCAGUCCAGUAAAUGAGGCAGCACCGGCCGUGGGUCAGGAGCCCAACCAGGCGGCCAGUCCGGUGGAGGAGAUGCCACAGCAACCUGUAGGAGAGACAGGUCAGGCAGAACCCCAGCCAGAGCAGGCCAAGGAAACCCCAGCUGCCAAGAGCAGCAACAAGACUUCAGGAGACCCCAAAGCCAAGACUACCAACAAGGCCACGGCCAAGACAAAACCUGGCACAGCCAACCCAGCCAAGACCACACCUGGGUCGCGGCCCAACACAACCCAGAGCCGCCUCUCAAAUGGCGUGUCCAAGCCCCAGACCAACGGAGCGGCUAAGAAACCCGCACCCGCCGCUGUCAAAAAGAGCAGCCCAAUCCUAGCUCCCUACAAAAAACCAACAGCCACGAACCUGGCCCCAGCCCCCAAGAGCAAAGUGGGCGAGAAGAAACCCACAGGGGCUGCCACCAACGGCGCAAAGCCGAUGACCGGAACAACAGCCGCCAAGAAGACAGCGCCCGCAACCGCUAAUGGUGUCAAAACCAGCACCGCUGCAGCUGCUGCUAAAAAGCCCCCAGCUCCCAAGACUGCGUCUGCGACUCCCACCAAGCCUAGCUCUGCUGCCUCAACUAAGCCCCCUGUUUCCAAGACAACCAGGCCUACACCCGGCACAGUAGCAUCACCUCGUCCUGCCACAGGCUCAACCCGGCCACCCACUACCACACCCAAGAGCUCCCCAGCUACAGCCAAAACUGCCACCCCUAAAACCUCCUCCACCACCACCGCCAAGCCUCCUGCCUCCAGACUAACCUCCACUACCCCCUCUGGUGGCAAAGCUCCAGCAUCACAAACAGCCAGGAAUAUAACCCCUGUGAAAAAAGAUGUUACCAAACCAGCCACUCCAGCAUCCAAAAAGCCUGCAGAGUCCCCCCUCACCCGCCCUUCCUCUACAACGAAGUCAGCAAAACCCGACACCCCCAAAUCAGCCUCAAAAUCAGACGUCACCGCCAAAAAACCCGCUGCUAGUAAGGCUGCCGACACAAAGACACCCACCCGCUCCAAAACAGACAGUAAGCCCACUCCUUCCAAGACCCCUGGCUCCAAAACAGCUGCAGCCAAGACCUCCACCCCUAAGAAAGCGGUGGGCAGCAGCACCCCGACUCCAGUGAAACGAGGCCCCAAAGUUGCAACUAUUGGAGAAUCUGGAAAGGAAGUCGCUGCUGCUGUGGCUGCCGCCGCAGCUAUCGCUACUGCGGCAGCUGCCAUUGCAGGGCCGGUGGAACCAGAACCAGCUGCGGAGCCAGCUGCUGCAGUAGCACCAGAACUGAUGUCCAGCCAGAAUGAAAAAACUUCAGAACCCAAACCCUCUUCACCACCAGUGUUAGAAUUAACACCAGAGUCAGUACGGGAACCAACACCAGAGCCAGUACGGGAUCCAACACCAGAGCCAAUACGAGAACUGACACCGGAACCUAUACAAGUACGAGAACCAUCUCCCGAACCCCUCCCAGAACCACUGUCUCAGUCAUCAGCAGAGGCAGAUCUAGGAGCUGAACCAGUCCACGAAGCAGCCUCCGGUGUUCAGCUGUCAGCUCAGCUGGACCUCUUCAAAUUCGAGGAGUCUGCCAACGACUCAGUUCCUUCCCUGGGAACUACUGUCAUGUCUCCUCCCUGUUCCCCACCGGGCCCCGUGUCCCCCAUCAGAGAGCCACACGAUGCCUCUCCUCUGCUGGACAUGCAUGUCCAGUCUGAUCCCUGGGACAGGAACCCGGCCCAAGCUCCGUCUGACUUUGCUCCCCAGAGCCUCGUCAACAUGAUGAACUUCCACACAGAAGAGGAGAAGGAGAAUAAAGAUCAGUUUGAGGCACAGAAGACAAGGGAGGAAGAAGAGGAGGAGGAGGAAGAAGAAGAAGAAGAAGAAGAGAAGGAGAACCUGUUUACCUCCACAUCUCCAUCUGCAGCGGCCUUCAGCAUGAUGGCACAACCCCACUUGUUGGGCACCUCGCCCAUGGAUGAUUUCGCCCCCAGGGACCUGAUCUCCCCUCAUGAGAAGGAGGUGGCAGUGGAAAAGGCUGACGAGGAGAUCAAUGAGGAUGAUGAUGAGGAGGAGGAUGACGAAGAUGAGGAACAGAGGAGACUAGGCCACCAGCCUUCAUCCUUGGUCACCGAAAUGAGCACGUCUCAGCCCUCCGAGGAGUUCCAAGUGAGGUCCUCGGCCUUCGGUGGUUCCGCAGGGUGGCACGCCGACGACGGGAUGGACUCCGAGGACCUGAGCAGCUGCACCAGCAGUCGGCAGCAGGGCGUGUCUGACCUCAGCAGCGCCCAGCACACCGCGAUACUGGAGGGCACCCAGAGCUCCGACGCCCUGGUCGACUCGAGCCUCCGCGGCUCCGAGGGAGACGGCAAUCUCAUGGGUUCCCCCAACGUGGAAACUCUGGCCAAUGAGGAAGAGGAAGACGAGGACGAGGAGGACGAGCGGGUGGACGAUAUGGACCUGAGUUCAGAGAGAGUAGAGGAGCAUCAGAAAGCGUUCCAGCAGCGGGAGCACGAGGAGGACGAGGAGGACGAGGACGUAGAGAUGCACAGUGAAGGUGUGACGGAGAGCUGUGGGAAUGUGGACGAAGAUGACUUUAAUGAGGAGGAGCGUUUGGACAACCUGAAUCGCUCUGGUCCUCCGCCUUGCGUCCCCCCUACCUCCUCCUGGGGACAGACCAACCCCUUCUGUGAUACCUGGGCUCAACCAGGCUCGCUGCUCGCCGUCUCCUCCCCAAGCCCCAUUUCUGACCACGAUGCGGCUGAAUCCGAAACGCCCAUCCUGUCUCCUGCCAAGACGUGUUUGGACCCCAGUGCCCCUUCCUUUACUCCUAAGUCAGAGCAGCAUCAGUCGGCCCACGAGGAGAUGAAGAGCUCAGCAGAUGAGGAGGCUCAUGUCCUAUUCGCUGCUCCAGCUGCAGGCGUGUCCCAGCCCGGCGCAGCUCUGGCCGCCCACAGCAGCAGCGAGACAAGCACGCCAGAGGAACUCCGUGACUACGACAGCAGCUCUGGCGUGGAGUCCCGUUCUGACAAACAGCACACCCCGGUGCCUUCUUCAGUCCAGCCCGACAUGGAGCAGGACCUGGGUAUCCACUUGGAGAAAGGUGACGGAGAAGAGGAGGAGGCUGAGACGCUCCCUGCCGACGAGGUCCUAGGAACUGGACCUCCGACCGCCCCGGCGUCCGCCCCGUCUUCCCCCUCCACCUCAGGAGACGAGGCCAGCGACACAGAGGGCGAGAUGCAAAUAAACGAUCCCGACGCACCGCCGAUGAUGGAUGAGAGCGCCGGAUUCGAAAGCCCUCCUCCCACCUGCAGCCUGCCCGCUCUCGACGAGGACGAGGAGGCGGGGGAUGCCCCAGCCGGAGAGGGUGAAGAGGACGGAGGCGGGACCACCCCUCAGUCAGCCAACUCGGUGGCAUCUUACGGCUUCGACUGCACCACGUCCAACUCAAACGCCCACUCCAUGGCCGAGAGCUGCGGAAAGAGCCCGGGGAUCUUCUCCCUGGAGAACGAGGAACAGCUGCCGGAGGAGGCCAAGGACCCCUCCUUCAUCAAGGAGCUGACCCUGCCAUCAGCCGCUGCCGCCGCCCAGACGGAGGACCUGUUCGGCAGACCCGUGGACCUGAUGCCCUUGGGCCACCACGGAGACAACCAGCCUAGCAGUCUAGAUGAGCACCACUACAUGCUGGGAGGAAAGAUCGCAGCAGACCACCUGGAGGAGGUCGACCCGUUGGAGCCCAGCCGCCACCUCGGGGCCAUGGAAUCCGAAGACACCGGCGACAGCCAGCCACCCUACUACUCUACCAUAUGUGAUAAGACUGAUAGUUUUCUGGCAGGUAAUGUAUAAGUCCCUCCUAUUACCCCUGGAAUGCACCUUUUCCCCGCAACCCUCCCCCGUUACCUGUUGUUUGUUUUCUCUCCAGUUGGGUUAGACGGCUUAGAAAAGAAAAAAAAAGGAGAGCCAGAUUGUAGGAAAAGAUUUAAAAAAAAUAAACAAAGGAGAUGGAGAAAAAACCGACUGUAGCAAUUUUUAAAUGAAGCCUCCCUCUUUCAUACUGUUAUGAUCAUGGUGGUUAUGAGUGUAUGGCUUAAACUCCUUUAUGUACAAUAGCUACUACCAUUUUCUAGUAGAAUGUUCUUUUUAAGUAACACUGCAUAUUCUGUAGCCCCUGAUGGGGUAUUGACUGAUUGGUCCACUGUGACUGAGCUUUUAAACUGAAAAAAAGAAGAAAAAAAAUCAGAUGGAAUGAAAUGGACUCAUUGUGUAUUUAUCCUACUGUUUUUACCGAACAAAAUGUCAAUGAUUUUUUUUUUUGUUUUGUAUUUGCUUAUUUGUUGUUCGUUUUCUGUUGAAACCUGGUCCUCCCUACCCCGUGUACACACGCUUCAUGUUCAACAGCACCAUAGCGAUAGUCACAUGCUCCUUUUUAGAAGUUUGUUUCAAGGCUUUUUAGCUAUCAAAAUAAAGGCUAGAUAUUAACACAGCAGAUAUGUCGAGGUAGGUGUGGGAGUAUUAGAUUGCAGUUGGUGAAGUUUUUAAUGUGUGCUUCAAGAGGCUCUACACUCUUUGCAUAGGUUGUUAAGGUAUAUAACGUGCAGUCACGUACAGUAUGUGUUUCAGGCAUUUGGUUUUAAGUGGCUAUAAGCUUCAGGCCUCAGUUAGCUGAUCAUUUAUGUUCCAGAAGUGACUAACAACUAGCCUAUUAUUUGUGAUGAGACCCUGCAUCGCUCUACAUCGCUGUCACAGUUGAGAUUUACACUCACUGAAACGUUUUCAUAGUGAGCGUUUGGUUUACUAUUUCAACAGUAUAUUGCAUGUUUAACUAACAUAAAAGACUGUGUACUACGUUGAAUUUGAAACACACUAGACAUGUUCAUCGAUGAAUGGUUCACACUAGGUUAUCUUUCAAAAUUCCAUUAAAACAUCAUUGCAAGGCA